CGUAAUAUAUUUUUCAGUGAUGUCAUCGUCAGUUAUACACAUAAAUCGUAACUAUCAUUUGAUUAUAUUCAAUAUUCGAUACUUCAUUUCGUUUCCUGAUCGUGUAUAUACAAUUCAUAACUCACUUUAUCGCAUAUUAACUAGUAAUCUAUUGUUUACAAAAUUAAAGUUAUAAAUUAUAAUAUAAUAUAAUAUAUAUUCUUCUUUUUGAGCUUUCAAAUAUGAACACCUGGUUGUACCUAAUGUUAAUAUAUUCCAUGUCAAUAACAUGUAAGUUACAUUUAUUGAUUUUUAGAAUUAUAAUUAUUUUCUUGUUCAAAAAAUAAAGAUAAAAAUAAACCUUGCAUAAACGAUAUAAUAUAGGUAACUGGUUAGUAAUCACUGAUUUUGGUCAUUAACAUGUACGUGGGUCUCCAAAAACAUCAACGUUUAGAAAAUAUUAUACUUGAUUCUUUUAAUCUAAAAGAUAGCAAUUUUCCGUAGUUUAAAUACCACUAUACUGUUCAAUAUACGUAAUAACGAAAGACAUCCUUACUGAAUAACUUCUGUCAGUAGUAAAUAUCAAGUAGUUACUUAUUUUUUGGUCAAUCGACCGUUUUGGGCCAUCUCAAAUAAAACUGGUUUUCUCAAUUAUUGACUAUAAAGGUUUAAACCCAUGAGUAAUAACCGCAAAAAUUAAUUAUAUCUUUGGAGCUUCCCCGAAGAAUUCAUUCAUGUUAAAAAUACCUUAAGGAAAAAAUUCUUUAAAAGAAAUAUAAAUAUUCGGCAUGUAUUUAUAUAAUUUUUGAAUUUGACUAAUUAUUUAAUUUAGGUAGGAAUGCAAAAUUAAUUUUGUAAUUUAGAACAUAAUAUUCAUUGUUCAACUAUUAACUAAUUAACUAUUCUACACAGAUUAUGAUUAGUUUUAAACAGAUAUCUAAUAGAAAGGUGAUAUUUCAAUAUAAUAAUAACAGGAAUUGUUGUGGAAACGUCUAUGGCGUCCAAACCAUAAUUAAUGUGCAGAAAUUUAAAUAAUGUUAAGUUUUAAAUGAUUCAAGAGGUACUAACAAUUGUAAAAUUUAAAGUUAACUAGUUCAAAUAUGUUUGGUUUUUACAAAGAUAACCAAAUAACAACCUUUACGUUAAUUAAUUAAAUUAUUUCAACUAAUCUUAAAUAAAAUACAUGUAUUUUCAGUGUAUUCUGAAUAUUUAGUGAUGUGACAUAAAUCCGAACAAUCUGAUAGUCCAAAAAAUCCAGGUUUUGGACUCGCGAAUUUAAGAAUUUUGAGUUGCAAAUUGAAAAUAAAUAGUAAUGGGUAUUUUUUGAGAUAUAUGAAAAAUAUCUAGUAGAAUCCAAAAUAAAUGUUAUUAAAUCCAACAUACCGACUAUAAAUAAAUCAUCAAUUUCCGGAUUUUUAAAUUCUAGAUUAUCGAACUGUAUCAAAUCCCAAUUCUUUGAUCCAAAAAUAGUACAAGAUCUCUCUUUUACACCUCCCAUCGUAUUAUACCACAUGUGAUUGAAGUUGUCAAAAUAAACAGAUCAAUAAAAUUGUAAAAUAAGUGUAACUAUGCAAUUUUCUUACAUUUUUAUUUUUAAUUUUAAUUAUAUUACUCGUAAACAUUUUGUAUUAUAAAUAUAUUAUUAAACAUUUAAUUUAUGAUUUCGAUACUGAUCCCAGCGAGAUAUUACAUUUAAAUUAGUGUAACUAUGAUAAAUUUCAUCUGUUAUCCGUACAGACUUUUCAUUAGCUCAUCAGAAAUUACCUCUUGUGGUGACUAUAUGUUGGUAGUUAAAGCUCUAAUUUUGAAAAUAUUAUAAUUAUGUAAUACAAUUCCAUUGUAGAUUUCAAAAUAUGAAUACGCACUUACCUAUUAAUGAGAAAAAAAUGAACAUGAAUAAUAUUGAAUUUAGGGCAGAUAAAUUUGCAUAUUUUAUAUUUUACUGCCUGUAUCGUCCAGCGUUGACUGCGCUAUCUCGUGUGUAAUCUAAUUGAGCCCAUUCUAAACUACGGUAAAAUAGGUCUAUUGAUUAGAUCAAGUAUUUCAAUAGUUUUAAAUCCUACUCCGGACAAUGCUAUCAUUUGAGAAAAACUGCAUGAAAAUUGAUUUAGUUGUUUCGAAGCUAAUCUAUGAAAAAAAUUUCAAUUUAAGUUAUUCUAUAUAGAAUUAAUAAAUAGUAAAUGAAUGUAGAUAGAUACAAUAUAUAUGACAUAAUCAAUAAAAUAAUAAUAAUAUAAACUUUUUACUAAGAUGACAUUAUCAACAAAAAUCAUACCUCUAAAUACCAACAUCCCUGUCAGCUUUCCUUUAUGAGUCGAAUUUCAGGAAUUUCAAUAACUAUAAACCUUAUCGGUACAAUGCGGAACCAAUUUUGGAAAAAUUCCUGUAAAAUCGGUUCAGUGAUUUUAAAGUGAUCUAUAAUGAACAUACAGACCGACAGAUAUUCACUUUUAUUAAAUUUCAUCAUUGCAAUAUUAUUCUAACGAAAUAUCCACAUUUCUCACUAGAAAGGAAUUUGCCCUCCCUUCUCCGUUAGUAGAAACUAAAUUAUGAUUUUGAUACCAUGUUUAUUCAUCGAUAAUAAUGAUAAAUCGAUUAUUUUAAAAUUAAAUGAUUAUGGAGUAUUACAAAUAACUAUAUCUUGUCAGCCUGGUUAGAAGUGGUGUUUUUUUUGUUUAUGGACUUUUAUAAUGGAAUUUGAAUGUUUUUGAUUCAAUCAUUCCAGAUACAUAUCUUCAAGACAUUGAAAUAUUACCACCCUAUUUUUCUUCAGAACAUGAGCUACUAUCUGCAUUAUACAGCGCACAGGAAACAGACUUAGAAGAUAAUAAAACAAAUAUACCAGAACAUUUUUUUGAGAAUGCAAAAUCAAUAUUGCAGCGUUUACCUGACAUAGCUAAAGAAAUAGCCGAUGCCUUCGUCUCAGACAUAGCCACAAACGUAACUCCAACCUGGGGAGUAUUGAAUAAUCGUAUUACCAAUCUGAAAGAAGUAAACGCAUUUCUUUAGUUAUACAAUGAAUAAUAUUGUAAAUAAUUUAACAAUUUAACAAUUAAUUACACAGGAAAUACCCAACGUGAAUGGUAAUAUUUUAGUUAGUACAUUCAAAUUAUUAUUAGUCUUUAUAACAAUCAAUUUUAUAAUGUUUAUUGUAUAUUUUACCGAUAAAUAUUUAAUAAGAACACACUUGAUUAUGACAGGGAAAACCGCGUACUAAUUGAACAUUCAUGGUAUUUAUUUAAAUAUUUUNAACAAUUUAACAAUUUAUUACACAGCAAAUACCGAACGUGAAUGGUAAUAUUUUAUUUAGUACAUUAAAAUUAUGAUUAGUCUUUAUAACUAUCAAUUUUAUAAAGUUAGUUGUAUAUUUUACCGAUAAAUAUUCAAUAAGAACACAAAUGAUUAUGACAGGGAAAACCGUGUACUAAUUGAACAAACAUGGUAUUUAAUUAAAUAUAUUAUGCAAACUGUUUACAAUCAAUGGUCAAACAUAAAAUUAAAAUUGAAAUAAUGAAGGUUACGGUACACUGACUCUGUGUUUACCACGGAAUAAGAUAACUAAAUGUAACACGGACUAGUACCGAUGUUUUAGGAGCCGAUGGCAUAAAUAUCGAAAUAUCGACUCGCGCGUGGGAAAAACAUGCGGGGAUUUCGAUUUCUGGACCACCGCNUCAAACAUAAAAUUAAAAUGGAAAUAAUGAAGGUUACGGUACACUGACUCUGUGUUUACCACGGAAUAAGAUAGUUAAAUGUAACACGGACUGGUACUGCUGUGUUAAGAGCCGAUGGCAUAAAUAUCGAAAUAUCGACUCGCGCGUGGGAAAAACAUGCGGGGAUUUCGAUUUCUGGAACCACCGCUGGAAUCGGAAUGAAGUCAGUUCGAAGUUAAAUCAAUCUAUAAUAAAGUAUAAACUAUACCUAAAAACAAUUGACACAUAAUUACAUCCAGUAGCCAUUAGACAACCAGUAGGUUGCAAUAUAAUAUNGUUACGGUACACUGACUCUGUGUUUACCACGGAAUAAGAUAGUUAAUUGUAACACGGACUGGUACUGCUGUGUUAAGAGCCGAUGGCAAAAAUAUCGAAGUAUCGACUCGCGCGCGGCGAAAACAUGCGGGGGUGUCGAUUUCUGGAACCACCACCGGAAUCGGAAUGAAGUCAGUUCGAAGUUAAAUCAAUUUAUAAUAAAGUAUAAACUAUACCUAAAAACAAAUGACACAUAAUUAUAUCCAUUAGCCAUUAGACAACCAGUAGGUUGCAAUAUAAUAUAGUUUAUUUUAUUUAUAAUCUAUUGUUACUUAUUUUUAAUACCCUACAAAACCUCAUUAAAAUACUUUUUGAUAUAAUUAUCGUUUUUAUUAGAAUUUUAGGUGAUCCAUUUAGAUACAAGAUACUUUAAAAUUGUGUACUUAUUUAUUUCACCCUUAUUUUUGGGAGAAAACUGUAAUGGUUGGAUUUUCAAUUAGCUUCCUAUAGUAAAAAUUCGAUAAAUAGAUGGAGUAUUAGCCAAAGUAAAUUUUUCUACCGACAUUGUUGAUUUCCAUAGGUUUGUUGACGAGAUAUCUCACUUUUAAUAUUAGAUUAGAUGAAAGUAGUGGAAGUAAUUUAUUUGGUGGUAAGGUGAGCGGCGAUUUGAUAAUGCAAUCAUGUAUCCAUAGGUGUGUACAGAUAUUUAGUUCGGAUCGUGCCCGAGAAAAUUUAAUUUAUUAGGUGAAUCCCUCUCCCCCCAAUUAAGUAUGAAAACCUUUAAAAGCUAAAUAAUUAUUUCUAUACACUGUUUCUAUAUUAAUUUUCNUCCUUUGUAAUCUUCAAUUCAUAAUCAAUAUCUAUUUAUAUAUAUAUAUACACAUAUAUACUAACUUCGAUAAUAUCAUUCAAGCGAGUACAUUAAAGAAAAUUGACCUAUUACACAAAUUAAAGGUAAGAAGAUUAUUAAAUGGCCACCGUUAUGUUCAUUCAAAAUUGAAUUUUUAUGUAAGAAUUGAUAAAUAUUUUAGAUUUAUAAUAUUCAACAUACUCAUAUUUCAUUAAUUAACAUAAAUAUCGAAAAAUCAUCUACACUGGAGUACAUUGAUUCCUCUUACCUAAUCGCGUUAUUUUUGUUUAAAUUACAUACAAUAUUGUACAUAUUAAAUUGAUCAAAGAUAUUAUAUACCUAUUACAUAUGCAUAAUUUUUCAAUACAAAAAACCGCUAUUCCAGGCAUCUUAAAGAAGUUUUAGUUUUAAAUUUAAGUAAGGUGGGAGUAGUGGAGCAUUAUUUGUUUAGUGGCACGGCACCCGGCAUUUUACGGGUGAUAAACAUAAUAUGGUAAUAUGAUUAUAAUCACAAUAUAACGUCCAACUUUCGGUAAAAUUUCGAUAAAUAAUUGAUAGGCAAACAAUCAAACGGAUAUCAAACAAAACUAAAAAAUUCCUUGCAAUAGUCAGAACCCAAUUGGUAAGCGUUAUGUGGUCAUUUUAUUUCAAAUUCUAAGAAAAUCGAGGAAUUUAAAUUGGUAUUACUAUGAUUGGUUUUUGUCAAUGAAUAACUAUUCUACAAGAAAUCUUGUACCAAAAAACAAGUGUAUAAUUUGCACAUGAUAGUGUUUAAUAUUCUGUGUAAUUUUUAUAAUUAUUUGGCUAAAACCAAGAAAAAUGAAGAAAAACGGCUAACUUUAAAGAAAUCAAUAACCUAAUCGGUUCUCACAGAAUACAGAUUUUGACCUUUUCUAUACACGGUAAAAAAUUUUGAACAUUAUAAUGAUUUCUGAGUUAUACAUAGGUAUUUGACAUUUAUCGAUUUUUUUUUUUUUUUUUUUGUUUUUUUGUAAAGUGCUAGUUAUUUUGAAUAAAUAAUAUUAUGUUUGUAUGUUUUUAAGCGUUUUAAAAUAAAAUGUUUGCGAAAAACGUAAAAUUAUGUAUUUGAAAACUCGUAUUACCGUACUUUGCUUAGGUUAAUUUUCCUUACGAUAUGGUUCUCUUUCAAUAUACCUAACCAUUCCUUGGUAUCCGAGAUGACACUUUGUUACGUUUAUUGCAACUUAUUCGAUAAUUUAAACGGCAAUAUUAUUGGUUUGUUAAAUUCCAAAAUCAGUACUUGACAUUUUUUUUUUACUUUUCCUUUAUACAUAUCGUGUUUCAAUUCAAUAUAUUGUAAAAUCAUUUUCCUACUGGUAAUUUUUGUAUUUUCACUAUAUAUAUAUAUAUAUAUAUAAGGCUAUUUAACAUAACUAUUUAUAUUUUUUAACAAUUAGUAAGUUGUUCAUUCAAGCGGGGUGUGACAUUCUAUACAAUCAAUAUUAAGUUUAACAGUAUAUUGUUUGGGACACAAAAUUAUAAAUUUAAUGCCGAAGGUGAAAGAACAAGUUAUGUGAUUUUGUCUAACAUUGACGACGAUAAAUCAAACGAUGAAUCAGACAAUAAAUCAGACGAAGAACAGUAUGUUUAUAGAAUAUGUAAUUUAAUAAUAUGCAUAUAUUACAACAUAAGAACUAGAAAUGAAAUGUUAAACUCUGUUCAUAGCAAGGGAGAUAUUCAUUUUACAAUGCCAUUUAUUUCAUUUUAUAUUCCGAUCAUGGCAAUUGAUGUAUUGAUUUUACUAAUAUUAAUAUCUAGGGACAGCUUUUUUACUUCAAAAAAAUAAAAAAACUUUCUGUAUCCUACCUUGUCAACUUCUGACCUUCAACUAUGGCAAUUCCUAUACCCAAUAUCAGCUAUUUUUUUAAAAAUUUUACAUUUUAUGAGAUGGAUAAAAUGAUUCAAUUGCAAUACAAUGAACAAUAAUGAAAAUAAUUAAAUUCCGAUACAAUUUAAUUAUAUAGUACAAUAACAUCAAUAAAAUAAAAAAUGUAAUAUCUAUAACUUACAAAUAUUGUAAAUAUUUUAUUUAAAGGAAUCUUUUACCUAAUCGGAAAAGUGAAAUAUAAUAAAACUAUUGGUAUUUAUUCGUAAACAGAAAAUUACAUUUAUAUAAUUAUUUAAAAACGCACAAUUUAGUUAAAACAAAAUCGUGCUCUAUAACACUUAAAAAAGCGUGUUUUUAUAUUGCCUUACAAUUAUAAUCGAAGACUGAACGUAACUUAUUUUUUUAAAAUAUUAGGUCUCUAACCACUGUUAAACUCCAAAUAAUAUUAUUUUUGUCAACUGAUUAUAAGUGGAUUAAGAAUUAUAUAUCUUAUAACAUUAACUUAAUAUAGACUGUGAAUAAAAGUAUAAUGACUAAUAGCAUUAUCGUUAUUCUUAUUAUUAUGUGUACUUAGCUAUAUUACAAUACCAAUAUCAUCGUUGGGGGAGAAUGUAAUCUCAAUAACUACCGAAGAAGAAUUUAUAAAACGUGCAUCUGAUACACACUCUUUUCCUUACCACGUAAGUUCAUUCUCUCAUGAGUAUGAGAAUAAUAAUAAUGUGAAUGAGUUACAAAUACAUUUUUUAACAGGUAGUAAUAGCGGUGUCGAUUGAUGAACAAGAAAAAUGGUGCCAAGGUGUGUUAAUCAAAUCAAACUGGAUAUUAACUUCUAGGACUUGCAUCAAAAUGUAAAUAUUUUAUUUAAAAUAAUAGUACUACAAUGCUGAUUAUUGUAUUUUAUUCGGUUCAAUAAUAGUUAUAUGUCGCUGUAAGUAAAUAUUAUUGCUUUAUGAAAAAUUUGUCUUCAUCUUUGCGGUUAGUAAAAAUUCCACAAUUUUUUACGGAGUAUACAUGAGAACUUACUUUAAAAGAUGCAGAAAUUCUUUCUGACAAUAUCAUUUACAAAAUGUUGUUUACUUCAUCCUAUUUAACCUGUAACAACCAAUUUCUCAUAAUCGGGACUGUGAAUAUUUAUCGGUAUUCUUAAAACAAUAAAUAUAGUAGGUCUUUAAUAAAAAUAAUAAUACAAUUUUUAUAUUUUACCUUCUGGCGUAUUCACAAGAAUAUGUAGACUACACAUGCAGUGAAGUAAAAAUACAUAAUGAGUAUGCCAGCUUUAAGAAUCAUAUUUUUUAAAAUAAUUUACAUUCAGGUUAUUUACGGUAUUGGCUUUCAUAUUAAUUUUCGUACUUAUCCAAUUUAUUUUGUCUUAGGCACUUUGAUAUUAGAUCCAGUACACCCGUAAAAGUAUUUUUGGAUGCAAUUAAUCAUACGAAUUCCGAAGGAAUUUUUUAUUCUAAUGUGGUAUUUAAAAACCGUACAAUCGUUGGUAUGUUUUUGUUGGGACCAGUUCCAGACGGACUUGAUGAUUUACUGUUAUCGGAAGUAAGUGUUAGGAAGUACAUAUUUAUUUAAUUAGUUUAAGUUUAAAUGAGCCAUUUAUUUCAAGCCCAAUUACAUGUAUUUUAAUAAAUAUCGUUCGAUAAAAAUGAUAUUAAUAAGAAAAAAUAACAAAAAAAACAAACAAUAACAAUCAAUAUAAUACUAAUACCUUUAUAUUAACUAGUAACUAUACAUUUCGAAAGAGUUAAAGUUUGGUGAUAUGAACAAGUCGAUUUUAAUUUAUACGUUGUUUCCAUAAUUCUAUUGGUGGAGGGGAGAUUAUUUGUUCAAGCACCGUUAUCACCGGUACCCACUAGCGUUAUUGAACCGGCCGUCCCGCAUCCCUGCCUCACACUUAGCUUUGUCGUCACGCAAACCGGUACCGCUCGCUUAGUCGACCUUCAUGUGUGUGCGACCUUUGCCUCACACUCGUGGCCUUUCGCCUGCGUCCUUUGUUGUGUUCGGUGCCAAAGACGCGUUUUAGUUUCCGUUGUUGUCCAUUGAUGUUGUCCGGUCGUUUGUCGAUUUAAGUUUCAGCGCGAACGCCCGCAUCUCAUAUAAUCCCCGUGUUUCACGUCGACACCACUCGUGUUUAGGCCAACGAGCCACUUAUUGUGCCGUGCACAUGUUGCGGCUCCGUCGUCCAAGCCCCAGUUAACGGGAGCUUAAUCAAGUUCGUUUAUAUCCGCUACGUUUCGAUCCGUCACGCGUUUCCGCAGUAUCAUCCUAUUGCGUCCGAUUUGUAUCCGCUAUACACGAUUUUACGCCCGUGCGUCGUUGACCGCUGGUUGGGGAGACAAUUGUCCUCCGUGGCCCACUAAAUCUCAACAGAGAUAGGAGCCAAAGCAGCGCCACCUCGUAGGACAUUUGUCGCCGCCAUUCAUCACUAUCGCUGCUAAUCUGCCAAACCACAUUGGACUGGCGCCAAUAACGUCUGGUUGUAAGUCAAUUUUACAAUUCUCUUUGAUUUUAAUAUUUAAAUCUUAAUUUAAAAAGAAAAAAAAAAAAAAAAACUCCAAUUAGCGGCAGUCACGGAUUCAGUUGCAUAGAUCGGUCGAAUUUCCUCCUUGUGUUUUGGAUUAUGAGAUUGAGGCAUUCUUUGAAAAAAAAAUCAAUAACAAUCUACACACAAAUAAUACAUUAUUAUAAUAGAAAGAGAGACCUUCUUACUUCUUUAAAAUUAUACAAUAAUGAGUACUGAUAAACACAUGAAACAUUACAUCCCUUAUACUCGAUAGCUAUUUAUUGGGUAUAGCUUAAAUUUGUAAAGAAAAAUUUAUUUCAACGUUAUUUUGUUUAAAAACUUUUCCGUUUACGUUAUUUUUUUUAAAAAACUUUUAGUAACACCGUUACACAUAAUAUUUUUACUAUCUGCACAUUAUUUAUUGGUGUCCGGAACUUGACUACAUUUUAGAAAUAAUCAAUUUUUAUUUCGAACCAGGUAGCUAACUUAUAAAUAAAUUAAGAACAUCAGACAAAUUUGAUUGCCCAAUUAUAAACUACACGAAUAAAAUCGGAAUCGGAAAAUACCAAUAUAUUUUACUUAAUGUACAUUAUCAAAUGUAAACAAAAAUCGUUAUUGUGUUAUAAAUAGUUUAAAAAUCCCCUAUGUAUUCGUAAUAUAAAAAUUAAAAACUAUGUACAGCACGUGCCACGAUCAUAUUGAAGUCAUAUAUUUUUUACAUAAAAAUCAUUUCUUACCCGUUGAUAAUUUCGAAAUACAUCUAUGAAGUUUAACCUUUAAUUUGAUUUAAUAAGAUUUAAUAAGAUUUAACUAUGUUAUAGCUUAUUACCACGCCAGAAACCACAAAAGUUUCCGCAGUAGCUCUCAAAUUACCAGAACAUGAUAUUUUGGAGGAGGUCAACUGUUUCGUUGUGACCCGUUGUUCGGUGAGUAAAACAUGAUGUAGAAUAGAGAACAAUGACUUAAGGUUUAUUUUUUUUUUUUUUGAAUGAAAAAAAAUUGUUUUAAUGUGAUCCCUAUCAGUCAUAAUUUUGUUAUGUACAUUGAUGUGUUUUUCAGGAUGGCGUAGUGCGUGGUCUGUUAUAUAAACUGACAGGACAGGAAUUUAAAUUGGACUUCGAGGUAAUAUUCUUAACAAGGUCAUUUUUAUAAAUCGUUAUACUUUUACAGGCUGUUUCAUAAAGCACCAUCUUGUUAUUACUAUACCUUGCACCACUCUCGAAUACUAUAUCUGUCUUUUAA